UGCAUGUGUUUAUUGUACUCAAUCAACGGAACAUUAGACGCCAAAGAAGACAGAAACCACAAUGUCCACCACCAGUACCACCACCACGACUCAAGCCCUUCCCCACCGCACAGUCGUCGCGCAGGACUCCAUCCCGCCCGCCGAAUCCAGCGCCGCCUUCCAAGCCCUCGCUCGCGGCGAUCGCAAUGGCAAACUAAAGCUGCGAGGAAUACCCUCGUUCGCAGACCCCCUUGCUAAGCGCCAGUGGGUGCGCGAACACAUGGCUGCUGCGUUCCGCUUCUUUGGAAGACAGGGCUACGGCGAGGGUAUCUCCGGGCACAUUUCUGUGAGAGAUCCCGUCCUGCCCGAGCAUUUCUGGAUGAACCCGUUCGCCAAACACUUCUCGCUGAUGAAAGCGUCCGAUCUCGUUCUUGUUGACGCCAACGGGUACGUCGUCGAGGGCGGCAAUCAAGCUGUCAUCAACGAGGCCGGCUUCAUCAUUCAUUCCGAGGUGCACCGUGCUAGACCGGAUGUUAUGGCCGUCGCGCAUACGCAUGGCGUGUAUGGCAAAACUUGGAGCGCGUUCGGGAAGCCGGUCGAGAUGAUUACUCAGGAUGCUUGUAACUUCUACGGCAAGUUGAGCGUGUAUGAAGAGCAUGGUGGGAUUGCGCUUGCGCAGGACGAGGGACGAGCGAUUGCAAAGGCUCUGGGUAAAGAGAAUAUUGCGGCUAUUUUGCAGAAUCAUGGAUUGAUCACCGUUGGCUCGACUGUUGACGAGGCGGCUUUCCUCUUCUACAGUCUCGAUAAGGCUUGUCAUUCGCAGUUGAUGGCUGAGGCUGCGGCUGCGAAUGGAGUGGCGAAGAAGAUCAUUCCUGAUAAUGUGGCUCAAUUCACGGCGGAGUCGGUUCAGGAUCCUCAUAAUUUCUAUCUCGAGUUUCAGCCGGAAUUUGAGCUGAGCGUGGAGGAGUCGGGAGGGAAGGUGCUUCAGUAGGUAUAUGGCGAUGAUUUGUUAAAUUUAUAUAGGGCUGGGAACCAAGUAGUAGAAAG